GCUAUCAAUAGUCAAUAUUGUCUACACGCUAUAAAACCUACAACAAUUAACAAGUUUAACAAUUAACAAUAACACAAUAAAUCAAAUUUUACAAUUAUAGUUAGCAACUUGUAAUAUUACUUAAAAAAAUACAUUAUUUUACCAAAUUUACAAUGAAACAAUUGACAGAUGACCGAAUGAAAGUAUUUUUCGAAAAAUUGUCCAAAUACAUUGGCUCAAAUAUAAAAUUAUUAAUUGAUCGUUCAGAUGGAAAAUAUUGUUUUCGUGAAAAGAAGGACAGAGUUUAUUAUGUAUCUGAAAAAGUAUUAAAUAUGGGAUCCAUGAUGAAUCCUGAUAACAUAAUUAGUAUAGGCACAUGUUUUGGAAAAUUUACCAAGUCUGGAAAAUUUAGAAUACAUAUAACAUCUUUAGAUUAUCUAGCUCCAUAUGCUCAGCAUAAAAUGUGGAUAAAACCUGCCGCUGAACAGCAAUUUCUGUAUGGUCAUAAUGUUUUAAAGUCUGGUCUUGGACGAAUUACAGAAAGUACAACUCAAUACCAAGGAGUUAUAGUUUUUUCAAUGAGUGAUGUUCCUUUGGGUUUUGGUGUUGCAGCAAAAAAUACUACUGAAUGUAAGCAUACAGAUCCGCUAUCUGUAGUUUGUUUCAAUCAAGCCGAUAUCGGUGAAUUUAUUCGAUGUGAAGAUGAUUUAAUAUAACACAUAUACUUGCAUUAUUAUUAUUAUUAUUAUUAUUAUUAUUUAAAAUAUUUUUAAUAAA